CACAACCCUUGUUUCCAACAUGAAAAUCUUGAACUGAGUGACCAGUUACAGCCCAACUUAAAAAAGAAAAAAACAGACAAGCCGAAGAAACGGAUGGUUGGCAUUUUUGAACUGUUUUGCUAUGCUGAUUGGGUGGAUGUCCUUUUGAUGGCAGUUGGUGUGAUCGCAGCUGCUGCAAACGGUACUGGAUUGCCGCUUAUGAUCAUUGUCUUUGGACAGAUGACAGACAGCUUUGUGCAAAGUGGAGUGACUAAUAAGUCAAUAGAUAUAGAAGGUGAAAUGACAAGAUUUGCUUACUACUACGUGGGAAUUGGUUUUGCCGUGCUGAUCCUGAGCACUAUCCAAGUGUGGACGUUUUUGAUUGCUGCGACAAGGCAGACAGCAAGGAUUCGGCAGAAGUUCUUUUUUGCAGUGCUCCAUCAGGAGAUGGCUUGGUUUGAUACCACCCAGAUAGGAACGCUGAACACCAGGCUGACAGAUGACAUCAACACCAUCCAUGAAGGCAUCGGAGACAAGAUCUGUAUAUUUGUGCAGUUUCUUGCCACAUUUCUGGCAGGGAUUAUUAUAGGAUUCAUCCACGGGUGGAAGCUGACACUGGUGGUUUUGUCAGUCAGCCCUCUGCUUGCUGCAUCAGCAGCAGUUUGGUCAACUCUCCUGGCAUCCCUUACUUCUAAAGAGCUGUCUGCUUAUGCCCAAGCAGGAGCUGUGGCAGAAGAAGUUUUAAUGGCAAUCAGGACUGUUGUGGCUUUCAAUGGACAGCAGAAGGCAUUAGCAAAAUAUGAUGCUAACUUAGAGAUGGCUAGAAGAGUUGGAAUGAAAAAGUCUAUUACCACCAACACAUCUCUUGGUGUUUCACAAUUUCUUAUCUUUGGAUCCUAUGCACUGGGAUUUUGGUAUGGAACCAAGCUCACGGAUGAGGAAGAAUAUAACAUUGGCGAUGUGUUAAUUGUGUUCUUUUCUGUGCUUAUUGGAGCCUUCUCCCUGGGCCAGGCAGCUCCCAAUCUGGAGAGUGUGGCCAAUGCUCGUGGGGCUGCCUAUGAAGUAUAUCAGAUUAUAAAUAAAAAACGGCUCAUAGACAGCAGUUCUAAGGGAGGCUAUAAACCAGACAAGCUCAUAGGAGAAAUUGAAUUCAGGAACAUCCAUUUCAGCUACCCAUCCAGACCUGAUAUUCAAAUCCUCAAAGGUCUGAACUUGAAAGUUCAAACCGGGAAGACCAUUGCUUUAGUUGGUGCCAGUGGCUGUGGAAAAAGCACUACUAUUCAAUUGCUGCAGAGAUUCUACGAUCCUGUCCAGGGAGAAAUUACUUUAGAUGGUCAAGACAUUCGGACACUUAACAUAAAGUGGCUACGAGAAAAUAUAGGUAUUGUGAGCCAAGAGCCUGUUUUGUUUGCAACAACAAUAGCUGAGAACAUUCGCUAUGGCCGAGAAGAUGUUUCUGAUGCUGAAAUUGAGCAAGCAGCCAAGGAAGCCAAUGCUUUUGACUUCAUAUCUAGACUGCCUGAUAAGUUUAACACCCUAGUGGGGGAAAGAGGAGCUCAACUGAGCGGAGGACAGAAGCAGCGAAUAGCUAUUGCCCGUGCCCUAGCAAGAAAUCCCAAGAUUCUUCUUUUGGAUGAAGCUACAUCUGCACUAGAUACUCAGAGUGAAUCCAUAGUGCAAGCAGCUCUUGAUAAGGCCCGGGCUGGACGUACGACUCUUGUGAUUGCCCACAGACUCUCUACCAUCAGGACUGCUGACACUAUCGCCGCAUUUGAGAACGGUGUCGUGGUUGAACAAGGAACACACAGUGAACUCAUGUUGCAGAAGGGAGUCUACUACUCUCUUGUAAUGCAGCAGGGUCAUGGCAAUAAUGUUCAAGAUGAUGGGACAUCAGAAGAAUAUGAAGACACAGACGCUGAGGAAUAUGAGGAAAACAACAGAAAUGAUCUUGUGAAGGAUCUGACCCUUCUAGAUCAUUCUGAAAAAUCCGUGAUCUCUGGGAGAGGUAGCAUUCGAAGAAGAUCCAGCAGAUACAAGAGCAAGAAGUAUUCUUCUAAGAAAAAGUCAUGUGAAAAAAAGAAAAAAAAAGAACUGGAGGACGAAAAUCUGCCUGCUGUGUCUUACUCAAGAAUCCUGGCUCUGAACAAACCUGAGUGGCUGUAUAUACUGUUUGGAGUGAUUGCUGCUGCCAUCAUAGGUGGGGUCCAUCCUGCAUUUGCUGUUAUAUUUGGAAAAAUCAUUGGGGCUUUUCAAGAAACAGAUACACAAAAGAGGAGUAAAAACACUUUGGUGCUUUCUUUAAUGUUUCUUUUGCUUGGAGUGAUUACCUUAGCAGCAUACAUAAUCCAAGGGUUCAUGUUUGGGAAGUCCGGGGAAAUAUUAACGAUGAGGCUGCGCUCUUUGUCCUUCAGAGCAUUACUUCAGCAGGAGAUGGGAUGGUAUGAUGAUCAGAAAAAUGCUGUUGGUGUUCUGCUAACUCGCCUUGCUACAGAUGCUUCUCAAGUCAAAGGG